AUGUCCAACCCAGCGUUACUACACACAGAAUGCUACGAGCUUCCUCCACACUCCUCUAAUUCUUCAACAUCCAACGCACCCAUUCUCGAUACUCAAAAAUCCGAAAAGCAAUGCCGCCUGGGAUUUGUCCCACGUCUUCGCCAUUUCACCUGGGCCUGGUAUACAUUGACGAUGAGUACCGGCGGUCUUGCGCUCCUGAUAGCCAGUCAACCCAACCGCUUCAAAGGCCUGGAUCAGAUCGGCCUGGCUGUUUACGUGAUUAACCUCGUCAUGUUCGCUCUCGUCUGUUCUCUGAUGGCAGCCAGAUUCAUCGUGCACGGCGGACUUCUCCAGUCCCUCAGCCACGACCGUGAGGGUCUUUUCUUCCCUACAUUCUGGCUUUCCAUUGCUACAAUGAUAACUGGUCUGGAACGCUACUUCGGCGACAACCCAGCACCGGCGUUUUCAAAAACCCUCCAAGUUCUCUUCUGGAUCUACUGCGCCUGCACAUUCGCCGUAGCCGUCUUCCAAUACUCCUACCUCUUCACUUCAGUGACAUACCCUCUACAAACCAUGAUGCCCUCCUGGAUCCUACCAGCCUUCCCAAUCAUGCUCAGCGGCACCAUUGCUUCGGUCAUCGCAGAGCGCCAGCCCUCCCACUCCGCUAUCCCAAUCAUCACAGCCGGGAUAGCCUUCCAAGGCCUCGGCUUCAGCAUCAGCUUCGUGAUGUACUCACACUACAUCGGCCGACUGAUGGAAUCCGGCCUUCCAUCCCGCGAACACCGUCCAGGGAUGUUCAUCUGCGUCGGCCCACCGGCAUUCACAGCCCUAGCCCUCAUCGGCAUGGCGCAAGGCCUGCCUACGACACUCAGUGUAAUGGGGAGCGAAGAUACCGAAGCCGACGUACGUAUGCUCGCGAUGCUGGCAUUGGCUGCGGCCGUUUUCCUGUGGGCUCUUAGCCUCUGGUUCUUCUGCGUUGCGCUCCUUGCGGUGAUUCGAUCGCCGCCUACUGCGUUCCACCUUAGUUGGUGGGCGAUGGUCUUCCCCAACACGGGAUUUACUCUUGCUACCAUCACGCUGGGCAAGUCAUUUGAGAGUGCUGCUAUCAAUUGGUUCGGAUCGGCUAUGUCUCUGUGUGUUAUUACUAUGUGGUUGUAUGUCUUCGUCAACCAUAUCCGAGCUGUUAUUCGACAGGAUAUCAUGUAUCCUGGAAAGGAUGAAGACUGCUCGGAGUAA